CGAGAUUUCGAAGGUUACAAUGACCAUAAACCUAUUGUACUCGAUGUUUAGUGCUUCUCGAUCUAGGAAUGAAUGAAUCAUUGAAAUAUUGUGACAUGCUUGUGAGAAUUUUAACGUGCUGAUAAAUCUUAUAGCUGUGGGUGCAUAGGAAUAACUUAUUUUUACUCUCUUGGCCAUUCAUAGUGCUUAGUGCUUAGAAUGACCAUAACAUCUUUGAACGUAGUAGAUGGAAGUGUUGGACGAAGGAGAUUGCCCAGAGUAAGGACAGCAUACAUUGUUAUCGGAAUUGCUGUGGUCAUAGUGGUGGUGCUAGCGAUUAUUUACUCCUUUGGGGUUUUCAAGAAGACCAAAGAUGCCAGAACUGAAUUGUCACCUCCUAAUCCACGAAAAUCGCUGCCACCAUCAGCCAGCAAGCUUCACACAUUCACAAAGGCAGCUGUUUGUGCAGACGGACCACCGUGUGCAGAAAUUGGAAAAAAUAUCCUCAAUGAUGGAGGCAGUGCAAUAGACGCUACCAUAGCCACCAUGAUAUGCAAUGGCAUCUACACGAUGCAAAGCAUGGGUAUAGGGGGUGGAUUCCUGAUGACCAUAUACAGCAAAAAGGAGAACAAAACCUACACGUUGAAUGCUAGAGAAAGGGCACCUCUAAAAGCAGAUCCAGAAAUGUUCAGAUCCAGUCCGAAUAUUUCAAAGCAUGGUCCACUCUCCAUUGGCGUCCCAGGAGAGCUGAUGGGUUAUUAUGAAGCUCACAAACGUUUCGGUCGUCUUCCUUUCUCAAAAAUUGUUCAGCCUUCUAUACUUUUAUGUGAAAAAGGCUACGAAAUGAGCAAACACCAAGAAAUGUCAUUACAAUUGAACGAUAUAACGAACGACACUAAUUUGAGGCAGUGGUUCAUGACAAAAGACGGGCAAUACAAGAAGGCAGGGGACAAAGUGGUGCCCAAAAAAUUAUGUGAAACAUUGAAAAUAUUAGCUGAAAGAGGACCCUUAGAUUUCUACAAAGGAACGCUUGCGCAGCAAGUAGCCGAAGAUAUUCAGAAUAUUGGUGGAAUUCUCACCAAAGAAGAUUUAUCUUCAUACACGGCUGAGUGGAUGGAGCCAGUUAGUAUUCCACUAAGAGAUGGCGAUACUUUCUACUCUAUUAGACCCCCUGGUUCUGGUGUUCUACUGGGUUUUAUACUGAGUAUAUUGAAUAACUAUAAUUUCACGGCAAAAGACAUAGAAACUGAUGAUAAUAAGAUUCUCACAUAUCAUCGCAUUAUAGAGGCGCUGAAGUAUGCAUACGCCAAAAGGACUGAACUUGCUGAUAUGGAAUUCGUCAACAUAAGUUCUCUUAUGAACAACCUCACUAGCACAGAAUACGCCAAAAUUAUUCAUCACAAAAUUAGCGAUAGCAGCACCAACAACGAUCCCAAGUAUUAUGGUGGAGUGACUUACAACAAAGAAGAACAUGGAACAGCCCAUAUCUCGGUUAUAUCAGCAGAAGGAGACGCAGUAUCAGUCACAAGUUCUGUGAACAUUUAUUUUGGUUGCGGAUAUACAUCCAACAGAACGGGAAUUCUUCUCAACAGCGUUAUGGAUGAUUUUUCAUUCCCAUUCUUCAAGAACUAUUUCGGCUUACCAGGUUCUCCCAACAACGGUUUACAACCAGGAAAAAGACCAUUCUCAUCCAUGAGUCCCUCCAUCGUGGUGGACAGGAACAACGAUGUGAAACUGGUAAUUGGGGCAUCAGGAGGGAGCAAAAUAACCAGUUCUGUUGCUGAAGUGAUAAUAAGGACUUUAUGGUUCGGAGAGAAUUUGAAAGAAGCUGUUGAUGCACCAAGAUUCUAUCACCAACUCUACCCAAUGGUUGUUCAGUAUGAUUACGGAAUAACACAACAAAUUAUCGAAGGACUUGAGAAGAUCGGUCACAAAACGGAGAGAAUGUCAAGUGCCACUUCUAUUAUAUGCGCCCUUUUGAAAACAGCACAGCAAAUUGUUGCCAAUGCUGAUUACAGAAAAGGAGGAGAAGUGUUUGGCUUGAACUGAAUCCGAAACGUGAAAUGAUAGCGGAAGGAACACCAAAGACUCGAAUGGAGUUGACUUUGUAUUAAAGAAGUAUUUAAAAAAGUUGUCGAUAUCCUCCUACUCAAACUCACAUUUGUUCAUUGCAUGCUUUACCAUCUCUUCGUAAUUUUUUUAGAGUUACAUCUAUUCUCCCAAUCAUUGCGAAGAGCUCAAUAUUAACAGAAUGCUUGUAAAGCUUCGAAUCUCCAGUUCAGUAUUCAUUGAAUAUUUUAUUUUUAUUUAACAUUAACUACUUAUAUUCUUCGAAAAAAUUCAUCGAUGAUAAGAUUGUUGUUUUAUUGUAAAUAUAUUUAUACUAUUUUAUUACUGUUGGUAUGUAAAAUAUUUUCUUUCUAUAAUAAAGCGAUUUUUGAAUUA